CUGAUCGCUCAGCUCCCCCACCGCCAGAUCGGCUGCCGGAGCAGGGGCUGCAGGACGCGUGAUAAGGCACCGACCAGCCCUUCGCUCUUUCCUCUGCUCCUCAGCGCCGCGGCUGCCCAGGGGUCACCAUGAGACGCCUCGUCUGGCUGCUGUUCCUCCCGGGCUUCCUGUGUCAAUGUGACCAGCAACCUGUCGAGGUUCCCGCAUCCCUGAUCGCUUGGACGGGGGCCUGUCUGUCCAUCCCGUGCCACUAUAAAUCCUGCCUCCUGAAUCCCAGAAGGCCAAACAACCCAACCAUCAACGCCCUGACCUGGUACCUCAACCCUGUGUUUCACUCUGAGAAGAAAGAUUUCAAUGGCACCAUCCUCUAUAAACACAAUGCCAUCAGCCAGGCCUUCGCAGGGCGUGUGAAGUUCCUGGGGAACCUGGAGAGAGAUUGCAGCCUGCAGCUGUCUGACCUGCGGGCCAGCGAGAACGGCACAUAUGGGCUGAGACUGAUCAUCUUGAACCCCAGGAAGAAGCAAGAGGAGCAGAAGUGGAUGGCUAAGAUAGUUGUUAACGUGAUGGAUUCACCUCCAGCUCCUCAAAUCCAACCACCCAGUGAGCUCAGGGAGUCAACCCUGGCCCAUGUGGUUUGCUCCAUAGACUAUCACUGCCCCGACUACCCCAUAAGCCUGAAGUGGAUCGGUUUGGGGCAUGGGACCCCUGAGUCCACCAUGAGGAUGGACAGCGGAAGGACCGAGAACACACUGACUUUCACACCCACCUGGCAGGACCAUGGGACAAAUUUAACCUGCCGGCUCAGCACCCCAGCUGGGACACCGAGCUCUGAGAGCAGCGUGGUGCUGAACGUGAAAUAUGCCCCUAAGGGAGUCCAGUUGAACGUGACACCCGGACAGACCAUCCGAGAGGGGGACAGACUCGUGCUGAUGUGCAUGACCAAUGGCAGUAACCCCCCCAUCUUCACGUACAACUGGCAUAAGGACACACAGUGCCUGCACCAGGGGCAGGAGCAGAAGUGGGAGUUUGAAGCCAAGGGGGACGAGCAUUCCGGCUCCUAUCUCUGUGAAGCCGUCAAUGAAAUAAGCCCGGUCCGAUCCCCAGAGCUGAGGAUAGACGUCCAGUAUGCCCCAAAGGAUGCUCGUGUUGAACUGCUUGUGGGAUCUCCGAUCCAGGAAGGGACCAUGGUUGUGCUCAGCUGCUCCUGUAGGGCUCAUCCAUUCGUCAGCAGCUACACAUGGUACAGAAAUGGCCAGUACAUCCCAGCACAAACCCAGCAGGAGCUGCGCUUCGACAAGAUCCAUGCUGACCAGUCCGGUUCCUACCACUGCAAGCCUCAGAACAGAGUCGGGAUGUCGGACUCGCCAGCCAUUACAGUCGACGUACAGUACGCCCCCAAGGAGGUACGAAUCACUGUUGAAAACCCCCUGUACGUCCGGGAAGGCAACACAGUGACGCUGAACUGCUCCGUGGGCAGCAGUAACCCCCCAGUGACCAAGUAUACCUGGUACAAGGAUAACAGCCAGUAUCAGGACACUGAAGAGAGCAUCCUGACCUUCCCUGCUACAAAAGAGCGGUCUGGUAGCUACAGCUGUGCAGCUCAGAACGCGAUCAGCUAUGGACGGUCUCUGCCUGUCUCCGUGGAUGUGCAGUAUGCCCCCAAGCAUGUUUCCGUGGUGCGGCAGCCAUUGGGGAUCAUUGAGGAGGGCAAGGACGUGACCCUGGAGUGCUACGUGGGCAGCGCCAACCCCUCCGACCUGCACUACACCUGGUACAAGGACAAGAAGCGGCAGGGCGAGAAGUCUACCAGGCUGAAGCUGGUGGCCGUGGUGUCGGCUGAUUCGGGCCAGUACCACUGUGAGGCUCGGAAUGACUUGGGCACCACCCCUGCCGAGCCCAUCCCGCUGGAUGUCUGGUAUGGCCCCCGGGAUGUACAGCUGUCCGUGACCCCGCAGGGGCAGAUUGUGGAGGGGAUGCAGGUGAUACUGCGGUGCUGGGCCGACGCCCGCCCACCCAUCCUGGGCUACGACUGGUACCGGGAUGGCCAACUGCAGGAGCGCCAGAGCCAGGCCGUGCUGAUCAUCCUGGCUGUGAAGGUCAGGGCGUCCGGUCACUACCACUGUCGGGCCAGAAACCAGAUCGCCUACGGGGACUCCUCGUCCAUCCCCCUCAUCGUCUACUCCAGCUCGAUGACUAUAGCCAAGAACUCAGCUCUAGGGGUCGGCGUGGUGGUAAUGUUUAUCGUCCUGCUGGUGGUGCUGGUCUUGGCCCUCAGGCGAUGGAGGAAGCGGCGUCUUCCCGAAAUGGUUGUGGAGCCCUUGGGCAGGCAAAGGAGAUCGUUCUUUCCUAGAAGACGGGAACCUUUGAAAACCCAGCGGCCCGCCAGCUCAGUGGGGUGCCUGAAUGGAAUUUCCAUAGAUGCCAUCAAUUAUGCUACACUCCAGUUCCCACCCAGCCACCCCCAGGGGCCGACCGCCCCUGCCAGGGUGCCAGGAAACUCGAGACAGCGAGUGAAGCCAGGGGGCCCAGAUGAAACUGUUAUUUACAGUGUGGUGAAGAAACCCAACCUGCUGCCCAAGGGCGAAGCGAAGGGCGACUAUGAGAAUGUGGGGACCCGGCCGGAGGAGGAGGAGGAGCUGAACUACUGCACCCUGGUGCUGCCGCGCCCCCGGGCCCCACACGGCCACUGGGAGUCCGAGUCGGACUCAGAGUCAGAGGAGAGUGUCCAAUACGCGGCCCUGAAGCACUGAGCCUUCCCCGGAUGGGGCCAGCUCCCCACUGGCCAUGGAGUCCGGCCGUGGACCCACGGAGCCCGGCCACAGACCCAUGGAGCCCAGCUACGGACCCAUAGAGCCCGGCCACGGACCCACAGAGCCUGGCCACUGACCCAUGGAGCCCAGCCAUGGACCCAUGGACCCACAGAGCCUGGCCACGGACUCACGGAGCUCGGCCACGGACUCACGGAGCCUGGCCACUGACCCAUGGAGCCCAGCCAUGGACCCAUGGACCCACGGAGCCUGGCCACAGACCCACAGAGCCCAGCCACGGACUCACGGAGCCUGGCCAUGGACCCAUGGAGCCCAGCCAUGGACCCACGAAGCCGGGCUAUGGACCCACAGGGCUGCACCAGGGACUCAUGGAACCCAGCCACGGACCCACCGGAUGGAGCCUGGCCCCAGCCACUCUGGACUCUCAGCGCCAGUUGAGCUCUGGACACUGGGCCCCAUCUAGAGACCCAGACCCUGGGCGAGGGGGUGGAGUCAGUGGCUCUAGCGCUGGAUCCGGACAGGGGAGCAGAGCGGGGGUGGGGCGGGCAGGGUCUGUGCACCUAGAGAUAAACACACGAGAUGUGAUGCGGGGCCAAGGGAUGGGGUGUGCCAGCCAGCAGGGGGCAGCAGGGACACACACACACACACACACACACACAGAGCAAGGGAUGGGGUGUGCCAGCCAGCAGGGGGCAGCAGGGACACACACACGCACACAGAGCAAGGGAUGGGGUGUGCCAGCCAGCAGGGGGCAGCAGGGACACACACACACACACACACACACACACACACACAGAGCAAGGGAUGGGGUGUGCCAGCCAGCAGGGGGCAGCAGGGACACACACACACACACACACACACAGAGCAAGGGAUGGGGUGUGCCAGCCAGCAGGGGGCAGCAGGGACACACACACACACUUCCCCUACUGGCUGUAGGACACACCUGUCUGCAGCAGGGGGCGCUGUCCCUGUUUACCCCACCCCCACCCCCAGCUAUCCCCAUGACUCUCCAGGUGCUGCCCCCUGAGGUUUAGCUCCCCCAGCACAGCGACCCCCCCGAGGCCCACAGGCUGUGGGUGAUUUCCCUACCAGCUGAGCCUGGUUUGACCAAGUCCCACUCCCCUACCCCCCCCCACAGGUGAUAGGGGACCCCCGGGGCAGGGGACCCCACAACUAUCGCUCAAGAGCCAGAUCAACCUGCUGUAGCUUUUCUAGUGCGCUAUAGGAUGGAGCGGGGGGCUGGGAGCCAGGACUCCUGGGUUCCAGCCCCAGCUCUGGGAGGGGAGUGGGAUCUAAUGGGGGGAGGAGUUGCAAUGCUCACUGAAAUGUUUAUAGUUUAACAGCCUCGCAGCGAGGCUGCGCGGGGACGGCUCAUCCGGUGCUGGGAUGCCAGCUCUGGGGUGGGGCAGCCAGGGGACAGCCGCAUGCAGUCACUCAGAGCUUUCCUUUCUGAUUAGCGAGUGCCUUCCCCCGCCCGCAGCUGGGCUAGCAUGCGCCUGGCACGAGGAAUCAGGGAUGUAAUUGGCAUCUCUUCCCGCCGUAAGCUCAGCAAUAAAAGUACUUUACAGGCUAUUAACUGCAGCAGGAACUGGUCAAAUAGCUUGUUCUGUAAACAGCUCUCUGCUCAAAAGCACCAGAGCGUUCGGCCCCCACUGCCCUGGGCACAGCUGCCACUGCAGGAAAAGAAAUAAAUUGAUCCAUGAGCAUUG